AUGGCUUGUAGUGAACAAGACAAGCUGGGACAAGCAUUUGAAGAUGCUUUUGAUGUGUUGAGGCAACAUUCAGCAGGCAACCUUCAGUACGCUCCAGACUACAAAAAUUACCUGGUUUUCAUCAACCACUGCGCUCAGGUCCGAGGGAGCCCCAGCUGCCUUGGAGUGCUGCCGGCAGAGGAACCUGCCUGUACCUGGAAAGCCAUCAUCAACAAUGUUGCAGACUACUGUGUGGAAGCAAAUAUCCAUCCAUCCCUGCAGAAUGUCGCUGAAAACCAGCUAAUGCAACCUGCCGCUCUCCAGCAAAAGGUCGGAAAAGGACGAAAGAAGCUUCGACUGUUUGAAUACCUUCUUGAAUCCCUGUGUAACCCGGAGAUGGCUUCUUGUAUUCAGUGGGUAGAUAGAAGCAAGGGCAUCUUUCAGUUUGUGUCAAAAAACAAAGAGAGACUUGCAGAACUUUGGGGGGAAAGGAAAGGCAACCGGAAGACCAUGACUUACCAGAAAAUGGCCAGGGCAUUGCGGAAUUAUGGAAGAACUGGGGAAAUCAUCAAAAUCCGGAGAAAACUAACUUACCAGUUCAGUGAGGCCAUUCUCCAAAGACUUUCUCCCUCUUAUUUCUUGGGAAAAGAGGUCUUCUACUCACCAUGCGUCCAACCUGAACAAGAAUAUCUCGGUUUAAAUAAUUGGAAUGCAAGCUAUAAUCAUCCAUGUGCCAACUACCACGAGCUAAGUGACCCUGAUUGCUAGCCAUACCCACGUAUUUAAUGGCACCAGAAGC